AUGUCUACUACGUGUACCGAUGAACUCCCGGUUGAAGUUGGCGGUGAUGGCGUUGCCCUCGAUCUCGACAACCGCCUGGCUCGCGACUUCAGUCUCCUGGGAGUCAUCAGCCUGGCCUGGAACUGUGUCAACGUCUUUGGCGGUCUGUCCUUCAUUUUCGUCGUUGGCUUUUCUGCAGGCGGGCUUCCUGCCAUCUUUUAUGGAUUCAUCGGCGCCAGCGUCUGUGUAGCCUGCAUGACGGCCGUCCUGGCCGAAUGUGCCUCGAUCUUUCCCACAGCAGGCGGAGCUUACCACUUUGCUACCUUCCUUGUCCCUCAGAAAUACCGAUCCGGCGUCGGCUUCGUGCUGGGUUGGAUCAACUAUCUUGCCUGGACCUUGGCUGCCGCUGCCUGCUAUUCGAUUCUGUCCAGCUUGAUCUUCGCCUUCGUCUUCGAGACGCACCCGGACUUUAGUCUGAGUGGGAGAUACCAGUUGUUUCUAGUCUACGUCGCGGUCGCCAUCGUCUCUUGGGCCGCGAAUCUCUUUUGCCUCAGUGCAAUCCCCCUUCUCGGAAACAUUGGAUGUUAUGGCAGUAUGGCGACCUUCGUGGCCUUCACCAUCACCCUACUCGCAGUGUCGAAAAAGGCCGAUCCCGCCUCGGUGUUUGUGGAUGUCAUCAAUGCUACUGGAUACUCCUCCAACGCCAUGGCAGUCGUGCUGGGCCUGUACAACAGUAUGACGGCCCUGGUGGCGCUGGACGCCAGCUGUCAUAUGGCCGAGGAGAUCAAGCAGCCCACCAGAAUGAUCCCGAAGAUCCUCUACAUCACCAUCGCCUUACAGUUCCUCGUCGGAGUGGUUUGGAUUCUGGCCAUUGGAUUCUCCAUUCAGGAUUCAGAUGCCAUCAUCAACAGUCCUUCAGGAGUCCCCAUCUUCGAACUCAUCUUACAAGGCACCCGAAGCAAGGUCGCCCAAUAUAUCUUCAUGGUCAUGCUUACCAUCAACUACAUCGCCGCCGCUGUCGGCUGUAGCUUGACCGCCAGUCGACAGGGCUACGCUCUGGCGCGGGACGGAGGUCUCUUUCUGAAGACAAGGUGA